AGGGCGCGGGAGGCGGCGGCCGCGGCGCUGUCAUGGAGUUAGCGCAGGAAGCGCGGGAAUUGGGUUGCUGGGCGGCCGAAGAGAUGGAGGCGCCCGUGGGGGCCCGGGCCUCGGAGGCGACGCUGCGCAGGCUGUGUCUGGGCCAGGGGGCCGACAUCUGGGCCUACGUCUUGCGGCAUGUGCACAGCCAGAGGAGUGUGAAGAAGAUCCGGGGAAACCUCCUCUGGUAUGGCCACCAGGACAGUCCAGAGGCCCGUCGGAAGCUGGAGCUGGAAGCUGCUGUUGCCCGCCUGCGGGCAGAAAUCCUGGAGUUAGACCAGAGCCUGGAGCUGACAGAGCGAGAGACCGAGGCUCAGGACAUAGCCAUGGAGCAGGCCCUGCAGAGCAUGCAAGACACCCAGCGCCGUGCUCUCCUCCUCCGGGCGCAAGCCAGGGCCAUGCGAAGACAGCAGCGUGGGCUCCAGGAUCCCGUACAGCGGCUGCAGAAUCAGCUCAGGCGCUUGCAGGACACAGAGAGGGACCCCAGCCCCAACUGCACUCCUCUCUCCAGGAAGGCCAAAAUGAAUAUAACCUUUGGACCCUUGACAUCAGCAGCCCUGGGCCUAGAGCCUGUGGUCCUGAGUGAUGUCCGAACAGCCUGCACUCUCCGGACCCAGUUCCUGCAGAACCUCCUGACUCCUCAGGCCAAGGGAGGCAGCAUCCUAACCCCUCGAGAUGACCACUUUGGAACUUCCUACCAGCAGUGGCUCAGCUCAGUGGAGACACUGCUGACACGCCACCCUCCGGGCCACGUCCUGGCUGCCUUGGAGCACCUGGCUGCAGAGCGAGAGGCAGAGAUCCGGGCCCUGUGCAGUUCAGAUGGGCUCCAAGAUACAGAGAUAACCAGGUCUCAGGCACCAGACCAGUCAGACUCCGGCCAAGCCCUGCCAUCCAUGGUGCAUCUCAUCCAGGAGGGCUGGCGGUCUGUGGGUAUGCUGGUCGCCGAGCGGGGCCCCCUUCUGAGGGAGCGUCAGACCCUGACACAGCGCCUCCGGGGCCUGAUGGAGGAGGUGGAGAAAUGUACCCCAGGAUCCAGCGAGAGGCAGGCACUGGUGCUGGGGCUCCGGAGCAGUGGCCUGUGCGCAGAGCUCAAGGCCCUGCGCGCGGAGACCCAGGAGCUGGAGGAGGCAGCCGGGCGGAGGCAGCUUCUGCUGCAGGAGCUCCAGGCCAAACAGCAACGGAUCCUGCAGUGGCGCCAGCUGGUGGAGGAGACGCAGGAACAGGUCCGCCUGCUCAUCAAGGGCAACUCAGCCAGCAAGACGCGCCUGUGCCGGAGCCCUGGGGAGGUGCUGGCUCUGGUUCAGCGAAAAAUGGUUCCCACAUCUGAGGCGGUGGCACCACAGAGCCAGGAGCUGCUUCGCUGUCUGGAGGAGGAAGCCCGGCAUCUGCCCCACCUUCUGCUGGGCACCCUGCUGCGGCACAGUCCCGGGGGGUCGCAGCCCCUGCCCACGGUGCUGCCAUCCAUCCACCAGAUGCAUCCUGCGUCCCCAAGGAGCUCCAGCCUCACAGUGCUGAGCCACACACUGGGGCUGCCUGCAGGGAAGGCUCCGGAGCUGCUCCUCCCAAAGGCUGCCUCUCUUCGCCAGGACCUUCUCUUCUUGGAGGACCAGCGGAGUCUCCGGUGCUGGGAUCUGCUCCACAUGAAGACCAGCCUGCCACUGGGACCAUCCACCCAGGAGCUGCUGCAGAUCCGGGCAUCCCAGGAAAAGGAGCAGAAGGAGGACCUGGGGCAGGCCCUGAAGCGGCUGGAGAACCUGCUGCAGCAAGCGCUGGAGCGAAUCCCCAAGCUACAGGGGGUUGUGGGGGACUGGUGGGAGCAGCCGGGCCAAGCCGCCCUCUCUGGGGAGCUCUGCCAGGGCCUGUCCCUGCCCCAGUGGCAGCUUCGCUGGGUCCAGGCCCAAGGCAGCCUGCGGCAGCUGUGCAAAUAAGGAACAGACUCAGACAGGAGUUGAGGGCUUCCCGUUUGCUCACGCCAACACCUCCCCUCCCCCAAGAAGACCUUCGGAAGAAAGCAUCACCUGGAUGUGUCUGCCGAGACCUGCCGGCCCCCUCACAGGCUGCUCUGCUCUUCCUCUCAGCUACCUUGCCCCUGUCCUUUCAUCCCACCAAAGCCAAGAGGAUGGGGUUCUCUGGACCCCAUCCCAGGCACCCCUGAAACUCCCCCCAUCACUUUCACCCUCAGAAAAAGUAAUUGAGCACCUGCUGCAAACACUGAGGAAACAGCACCGAACAAAAUGGACAAAAGCCCCAGCCUUCAGGGAGUCGACGUUCUAGGACAGAGAAACAGACCACUGACGAGACAAGUAAGCAGAGUAUGUAGUAUGCUAGAAGAUAACUGCUAUGCAGAAAAUAAAGCAGGCUGUAGGAGGUGCGAUGUUAAAAAUAGGGCUACAUAGCCAAGGCCACACUCUAAAGGUAGUGAGAGGGAGCGCACAGGUAUCUGAGGAAGGCUUGCAGGUGGCAGCUGCAGCACGUGCAAAGGCCUUGAGUUCAAAUGUGCCGAUGUGAGGGAGGCAGUGUAGCCAGGCAGAAGGGUUUGAGAGAUGAGAUUGUCUUCUAGUUUUUAUAGUUUCUUUUUUUACAUUUCAAUCUCAGCCAUUUGGAAAUUACGUAGUAUCAAAGUAGAAAAGAAAAAUUCCAGUCCAUAGAAAAAUGGGCAAAAUAUAUGAAUGGGAAAUUCUCAGAAAAUGUGCUCAUACUCAAUCAUAAUAAGAGAAAAGCAAAUUAAAACCACACUUGGAUACAUUUCCCAUCUAUCAGACUGGGAAAAAGGACACCCAGAAUUUUGGCAGCUCACUGUUGGCAAGGCUAUGGGAAGAGAGCACUCUGUUACAUCAGUGGGCAUGCAAUAUGGAACAACACCCCGGGACCAUCUCCAGCCAAGCUGCAUGUGCAUUUCCUCUUUGCCCAAACAAUCCCACUUUUAGGACUCUAUCCCAAAGACAUGCUGGGUGAAAUACAAGUUGUGGGACCUUGUACAAAAAACAACUAGACCGUGUUCUUCAGAAGGUGAAUGCCGGGAGGGUGGGGACUGUUUUAGAUUACAAGAGACAACCAAAUGCCAUGCAGGGUCUUGAUUGAAUCGUGGAUUUUUUAAAAAGUGUUUGAAAGUACAUUAUUGGGACAACUGGGGAAAUUUGUAUAUUGGGGGAUAUUACUGUAUCUUUGUUAAAUUUCUUUGGUGGGAGAAUGGCAUUGUGGUUAGGUGGGAAAAUGUUCUUGGAGGGUGUGUGUUGAAAUAUUAAGGGUGAUAUCUGCAGCUUACUUUCAGAGAGUUCAGGAUGAGAGAGAAUAAGGUAGAAGGGGCACGGAUGGAAGCCAGACAUCUCUGAAUGUACAUGGUUUCAUACUUUUGACUGUGGAAACAUCUAUUUUUCAUAAUUUAAAAAAAUGAGAAAAAGAAAGAAAUCCCUAAAAAUUCAAAACAAGCUGAAACAAAUGAACCUAACUCUAUAUGAAGUUGGUGGCACAAUUGUUUCAGAUAAGAAUUUUUUCAGAUGAUAUUAACACACAAUCCUUUCAUUCGAUGCCUCUAGUGGCACAUAUAUCCUAAGAGAAAAAGAACUGCAAUAAAAUCUUAAACUGCAUGCA